UCUCGUCAAUAUCGAUCGCCAGUGGCAUUUUUGUCCCUCUUCACAGUACUUGACUGUGCUGAUCUAGAUAGAGAGACCCAGAGAGAGAAAGUGCAAAGAGAAAGCUUUUGAUAGAGCUGGCAAUAAAUCUUUGAUCAGUUCAGGUUUAGGAGACAAGAAAGGAAAUUCUGGGGAUGUCUACUCUCAGCAAAGAGCUUGUCUUCUUAAUCUUGCAGUUUUUGGAGGAGGAAGGUUUCAGAAAAACUGCUCACUUACUUGAGCGUGAAAGUGGAUUCUACUUUGACAUGAAAUAUUUUGAGGAUUUGGUGCUUGGUGGGGAAUGGGAUGAGGCUGAGAGGUAUUUUUCUGGUUUCACAAGUGCCAGUGACAAUAAGCACUCGACCAAGGUUUAUUUUGAAAUCAGGAAGCAGAAUUUUCUUGAGGCACUUGACAGUAAUGAUCGAGAACAGGCGUUAGGUAUACUCAUGAAGAGUUUAAAAGUUUUUGCCCCAGAUCACGAGGAGCUGUUCAAAGAAAUGACUCUGCUAUUAACAUUCAACGAUAUAAGGGAACAUGAUGCACUUUCUGGAUAUGGAGAUACGAAGUCUGAAAGGAUGAUGUUGAUGUGUGACCUCAAGAAAAUUAUUGAGGCAAAUCCUAUUUUCCAUGGCAAACUGAAGUUUCCUAGCAUCCAAAGUCAGAGGUUGCGCCGUCUCAUUAACCAAAGCUUGAAUUGGCAGCAUAUGCGUUGUAAAGAUCCUCAUCCAAAUCCUAAUAUAAAAACCCUUUUUGUGGAUCAUGUUUGUCAACCACAACACAACUUUUCAUGUGUCCAAUCAACUGAGAACAAUUCGUUGCCUUCUCAAGCCACAUCAAGUCCAGUUCCAACUUCUGACAAUUGGAAUUCUAGCCAAUCUACUAUAACAAAAUCUGCUUUUCUUGGAGCUGUCUGCCCUGGUGCUCCAAAGAACACAGCUACAGCGGUGGAGGUUCUCGAGGAUUCUGAUCAAAUGUCCACAGGAAGGCCUUCUGGCACCUUGGAUGAUGCGACUUCAACUGUCACUAGUCCUGGUCAAAGUCACUGCUCAGUGUCCAUACCAAAUGACUUGCCCAAGACUGUUACAAGGACAUUGAACGAGGAAACAUCUCCAAUGAGCAUGGAUUUUCAUCCUGUUCAGCAGACUGUUCUGCUAGUUGGAACCUGUGCUGGAGAUGUAGGGCUGUGGAAUGUACGUUCUGGGGAAAAAUUGCUUUCAAGAAAUUUUAAGGUUUGGGAUAUUGAAGCAUGCUCAAUGACAUUCAAGGCAGCUCUAUUAAAUGAUUCGUAUGUCUCUGUCAAUCGUAUCAUGUGGGCUCCUGAUGGUUCCUUGUUUGGGGUUGCAUAUUCGAAGCAUAUUGUGCAAUUAUUUUCUUAUCAUGGUGGAGAUGACAUGCGGCAGCAAUUGGAGAUUGAUGCUCAUGUUGGUGGUGUAAAUGAUCUAGCCUUCGCUGCCCCUCACAGGCAACUUUUGGUCAUAACAUGUGGAGAUGACAAGAUGAUUAAGGUUUGGGAUGUGGUUACCGGUGCCAAACAAUUUGCUUUUGAUGGUCAUGAUGCUCCUGUUUAUUCUGUCUAUCCUCAUAUCAAGGAAAAUAUUCAUGUUGUCUUUUCAACAUCCGUGGAUGGUAAAAUCAAGUUAUGGUUAUAUGAUGCUUUGGGAGCCAGAGUUGAUCAUGAUGCACCUGGUCUUGGGUGCACAAAAAUGGCUUAUAGUGCUGAUGGUAAAAGGUUUGUUCUAUUGGACCUUUCCUUUCACUGGAAUAUUAUGUGUGCUAUCACAUUUAAUGCCGUUGUCAUGGAAUACUUUACUAGGCUUUUUUCAUGUGGGACCAGUAAAGAUGGACAGUCAUUCCUUAUAGAAUGGAACGAAAAUGAAGGUAUUGCAGAAAGAAUUUACCAAGGACUUGGUAAAUGUCCUUCAUCUAUUGUGCAAUUCACCACAAUCAAGAACCAGAUUUUGGCUGCUGCUGACAAUCACAUGAUUAAAUUUUGGGAUAUGGACCAUGUUGAGCUUUUGACAACUAUUGAUGGAGAUGGAGGCCUACCAGCAAACCCACAUAUAUGCUUCAACAAGGAGGGCACAUUAUUGGCUGUUUCUGCAAAUGAAAACAGAAUCAAGAUCUUGGCAACUGAUUAUGGUCUUCAGUUGUUGCAAACAUCUGAAAAUUGUUCUGGAGAUGCCUCUCAGGUUCUCUCUGAAACAUUGAGGAAGCUUGUUAUUAAUCCAAUUACAGUUGGUGCUAGUGCUGGAGUUGCUGAUGCAGGUCACCCCAUGGAUGGGGAUGCAAAAAACUUGAACGGCGUGGAAUCUAAAUCUACUAGAGAAGUCAUUAACAAAUCAAAGGUUUGGAAGCUCCUUGAAAUUAACAGUGAUUCUCAGUGCCAGUCCUUGCGACUCCCUAAGCAUGUGAAGACAAACAAAAUCUCAAGACUGAUCUACACACAUUCAGGUAAUGCCAUUUUGGCUUUGUCAUCAAACGCCAUUCAUCUGCUUUGGAAAUGGCCACAAAAUUACCUUAAUUCAAGUGGCAAGGCAACAACCAAAGUUCCCCCUCUAUUGUGGCAACCGAAGAGCGGCCUACAACUCAUGAGCAAUGAACUUACAGGCCCCAACACAGAAGAGGCUGUGUCCUGUUUUGCUUUGUCCAAGAAUGAUUCAUAUCUCAUGUCAGCAUCGGGAGGGAUGAUUUCCCUGUUCAACAUGAUAACAUUUCAGACAAUGAAGACUAUCAUGCGUCCACCACCUGCAGCAACAUGUAUUGCUUUCCACCCUCAAGAUAACAAUAUAGUUGCUAUUGGCAUGGACAAUUCCAUGGUUUUGAUUUACAAUGUCCGCUUGGGUGAGGUCAAAAGCAAGCUUGAGGGUCACUCUAAAAGAGUAACUGGCCUUGCCUUCUCUAAUGCUCUGAAUGUACUUGUUUCUUCUGGUGCAGAUUCUCAGCUUUUUGUGUGGAACUCUGUUUCAUGGGAAAAAUGUAAAAGCAGAUUAUUUCAGAUGCCUUGUGGAAAGUUACCAACAUCACCAUCAGACACCCAUGUCCAGUUCCACCAGGAUCAGAACCACUUCCUUGCUGUACACAAGGCUCAUCUUGGAAUAUAUGAAGCAAGAGAAUUAACUUGUAUUAAGCAGUGGGUUUCGGGAGAAUUUUCUGCGCCCAUCUCCGAUGCAACUUUCUCAUGUGAUAACCAGAUGGUGUAUGCCAGCUUUGUGGAUGGAAGUGUGGCCAUUUUUGAUGCUCUGAACCUCGAUCUGCAUUGUCGGAUUAAUCCUACUGCUUACGUUCCUUGCAAUGCAAGUUCCAAUGUCUACCCGCAUGCUAUUGCUGCACAUCCACACAAACCAACCCAGUUUGCUGUGGGUCUUACUGAUGGUGAGGUUUAUGUCUUUGAACCUCAGGAGGUUGGAGGUCGAACACGGAACCACAAAAGGUGCAAACAUCGAUCAUACAUGACCCACUUCACCACGUUGCAGUCCCGCCAUUGCAAUACUUUCGUAACGUUGCUCUCUACCGAUAAAGAAACCAUCCAAAUAGCAUGUACGAGAAAAAACCUAUGCCUAUCAAAGGAUAGCACUACUCACUCAUUUGUGAUUACAUUUUUAAGGGUCAAAAAAACAUUGUAUAUCUUGGCCUUGGUUUAAUUCACUUUUCUUUUUUCUUCGUUUAGUCAGGAGGAAGUCCCAUUUUCAUA